GGCGCUCCAGUGCGCCGUUCUGGGCAGGCUGCCCGCCGGCCGGGGGGACGCCCUGCCGCGCUGUGACGCCCUCGGCCCCCUCGGGAUCCGCAGGCCCGUGGGGCUCAAGCUCCUUGGGCCUCUGGCCCCCUGGCCCCUCGACGGCCUCCCCGAGCUGCAGCGGCUCGCCGCGGGGGCCUCCGCGCCCCGCCCCUGCAGCGGCACGCCGGGCCGGCGCGCGGCCGAGCUGCUCCCGGCGCUCGAGCCGCCCCGGAGGGAGCCCGCCGCCGGCACGGCGACGAGCGGCCAGACGAGCGGCAAGGGGUCGACCUCGGACCUCUCCAUGGGGUCCCCGAGUCCCGGCGAGCCGGGCGCCCGGCUGCGUCGGACCAGCGCGACCGCCCGCGAGGGCGAGCGGCCCCCCUCUCGACGGCGGCCGGCCCGGCCCACCUCGGCGACUUCGACGGCAGCGGGCCCCUGCGGCCCGGGGACAGCGCGGCCCACGCGCCCGCGAGGGGAGGCGCCUGGCGGGGCCCGCCCGGGCUGCGCCGGGAGGUCGGUGUCGGCGAGGGGCAGCAGGCUCCCGCGCGCGUCUGGCGCCUGA